AUGUCGAAGCCCGCACUCUUCCCAGAGACGACGACCGCAGGAAUCGCGGUUGAUCCCCGCACGCUCGAGCGCGUGAUCCCCGAGUCGCGCAGGCCAGACGGGUCCGUGCGUAAGCAGAUAAAGAUCCGGCCUGGCUUCACGCCGCAGGAAGACGUACGGCGGUUCCGGGGCACGCGCCAGGCGCAGAUGGAAGCGAACGUUCUGCCCAAGGGCCACGUUAUCGGCUGGACUCCACCGCCAUCCGCGCCCAAACCCGGUGCGGCUGCGGCCGGGACCGCACUCAGUAAGAGUGCGAAGAAAAACGAGAAGCGGAAGGAAAAGCGGAAGGAGAAACGCGAGGAGACACCUUCCGAGAAGGUGAAAGAUAACUGGGAGGACGAGGACGAGGCAGAGGCGCAGCCUGAGGGCGACCAGCGGUCGGAGAGUGGCGUGCAUACGCCUGAGAGUACGAAUUGGGCAGCGGCGGCAGCAGCGGAGAAGAAGGCAAGUAUCACGGCGCGGCAGGAGGCAAAGGCACAGGGUGGUGCGGACGCGUUAGCGGACGAGCUCGAGAAGCUUGAGGUGCAUUGA